AUGACCAAAAGUUUCCCAUUCUACAAUGAUGUCAUAAUCGGCGUGAACAGAGGGGUUCGUCAAGGUGACACAAUUCCACCCAAAAUAUUCACUUCCACUCUCGAGAACGCGGUGCGAGGAUUGGAAUGGCAUAAAAUGGGAGUGAAAGUUGACGGCUAUCAUUUACACCAUCUUCAUUUUGCUGAUGGCAUCGUUCUUAUGCCAUCAAGCAUCAAUCAGGCGGAACGGUUACUGCCCGAAUUUGAUGAAACGUGUAGAAAGAUCGGUCUUCAGCUAAACCUAAACAAGACUAUUUUCAUUAUGAACGGAUGGGUUUCUGAUGCCCAUUCACGCUCAACGGAACCAAUAUAUCCGAAUGGUCCAGCUACGUUUAUCUGGGUCGGGAAAUAA